AUUUUCGAAUCCACCAGAGGCCAGUAGCUUCCCCCUGGUCUUCAUUUCCUCUUCCGUCUUAUCAACAGCAACACUUUUUAAUUUCAAGUUGAUAUUUUGUUAGUUAAUCAAUUUAAAUUUAAUUAGUUUAAUCAAGACAAUAUGGUUGUUAAAAAGGUUAAAAUUAUCAGGAGGAAAAAGGUUCCCCCUCCACCACCACCGGUAGUUAUUGCUCCUAAAAAGCCCGUGGCCCCACCAGUAAAGGAGAAGAAAAAGAAUCCAUUGAUUCAAAAGAAGCCUAAAAACUUUGGAAUUGGUCAAGAUAUUCAACCUAAACGAGAUCUUACUAGGUUUGUUCGAUGGCCAAGGUAUAUUUUGCUCCAACGUAAGCGAGCAAUUCUUAACCAGAGAAUUAAAGUUCCACCUCCAGUGAACCAAUUCAGAGCAUGUAAUCUUGAUAAACAAACUGCUGUUCAAUUGUUCCGUUUAUUGGAAAAAUAUCGACCAGAAGAUAAAAAAGCUAAGAAACUUAGGUUAAAGGCAAUCGCUAAGGAAAUGGCCCAAGGUUCUAAAGUAGGUGGAAAGAAGGUUACACCACAAAAACGACCACCAACCGUCCGAUAUGGUUGCAACAAGGUUACAUCUCUAGUUGAACAAAAGAAAGCCUCUCUGGUUGUUAUCGCUGCUGACGUUGACCCUAUUGAAAUUGUUUUACAUCUCCCUACCCUUUGCAGAAAAAUGGGUAUUCCUUAUUGUAUCGUUAAAGGUGGUCGAUCACGUUUGGGUUAUAUUGUACGACGAAAGAGCAUUGCUUGUCUUGCACUUGUUAAUGUAAACCCUGAGGAUAAAAACAACUUGGCUAAACUUUGUGAAACCAUUAAGACCAACUUCAAUGAAAGAUACGACGAAAUGAGAAAAACUUGGGGUGGUGGUGUUCUUAGUUUUAGAUCUAGAGCUAAGAUGGCCAAACUUGAAAAAGCUAAAGCCAAGGAACUUCAACAACAACAAUCUGGUGGAAUCACUAUUCAAUGAAGAUUUCAUUUUUUGUAAAGGUUUAAUCUUCAGAAGUAAAUAAUUUAACUGAA